AUGGAGCGGAAGUAUAGGGUUAUUAAGGAGCGUGUAAGGGAGCGCGAGCCGGGCGACGCGUCGGCGGAGAACGGGGAAGGAGCAAACGCGCACCUGGUGCUGAAGCCCAAGUGGUUCAAGUGGAUCGACCGUUACUUGAGCAAGUCGCUCGGUUGUUUCUUCCCCCACAGCUUCUCCGCCACCUCCUCCAGCUUCCGCCCGCCUGCUCCCCCCGGGGUGGCGCCUCCGGGAGGCGUUUCCGCUGCCCUGCUCUCCCCCCAGGGCGCAGGACCUCCGGGGAAUCUGGGCACGGGUGGCGGCAGUGGCGGCGGCGGCGGAGCUGGUGGUGGAAACGGGGGCGGCGGAGCAGCGGGCGCGGCUGUCCCGCAAGGAGGGUUCUGGGGGCAGCUGGUGAGUCCGGCAGGGGACGGCAGCAUGGGGCAGGACGGCUUUCCCACCCCGGGGAACAUACCAGGGGGGAUGCCUUUCCCAGGUAGUGCAUUUGGCGGGCAGGCCAGCACGAAUGGAGGGAGCUUGGCAGGUGUUACGACUGGUGGUGGUGGGGGCGGUAUAAGUAGCAGUGCAUUGGAGCAGAAGCUGGACGAGGUGAUUCGAGUGGUGAGGGAGAGCAACGAGGAGUGGCAGAAGCGGUUUGUGGAGGAGCAGGAGAAGAACCGUCAGCUCUUCCGCGAGCUCUUCAUGACCUUCAUGGGGCCGCGCAUGAGCGCCCCUGCCACUUGA